CUUUUACAAUGUUGGCAGGCCAUUCCAUUGAUGUCCAGCGUUAGCGGGUAUGCAUAUUCUUCAUGACCUCAGGGUGAAGUGAAGGAAAUAAGCCAACUAGCAAAAUUCAUGCAAUUUUACUUCGCAUAAACAGCCAUACCUUUGUCACGCUGUUAUCCAUCCCUGUGCCAUUGCGUAAUUUACCCUGCCAAGGCGGUUAGGGGCUAGGCUUAUAAGCGUUGCUCGCGCGUGAUGUCCCGGACUAUCGGCCACUUGCCUUGCUGCUUUAGUUCUAGCGGAAACUGCUGCUAGGAUGGUCCAGGUGUACAGGGAGCCGCUCUGCAGACGCUAUUAUGGUUCACUUUUGGGCGAAGCAGCUUUAUUUCGGGCCGGUGCAUACCUGGCAGCAAUCGUGCUGGCCCUCGUAGUUGCGUACGCCACAGGGGGUUUCUGGGUCAGGAUCAAACCUACAAACGUGCAAGCAACUGUACACUACACCAACGACGCCCUUCUGGUGUUCGAGGGCCUUCAAAGCGGCCAGACCCUGGUCUGGAGCACGUCCCAGGCAAUAAAUGCCGAGUUCUCGGCACACUAUGUUCCCGCCAUUGUGGAGGUCUCGGAGGAGGAUAUUAACGAUGAUGGCAAGCCAGAUUUCAUUAACUUUAGAGCCUCCAUUGGGGCGGGCUUUCCCAUACACAGCGUUAAGGCGCUGCUGCAGUUUCACUACUCGCUGUCGGGCAAUAUCAAGCUCGACAUGUACAGCCUGGGCUACCUUGCGCACAGCUCACCGGUCCAGGGCUCCGUGCUGUUCGCCGACGGGGAGUUGGUGCUCCAAGCGAAGAACCAAAUUCGUGACCGGCAGUACAACGCCAUUUACAACGUGCCAAUGUUGAAUUCAACCACCCCGAGCGUGCAAGUGGCGGUGCAGCCAACUAUCGAGUUCGAGCUACAGAGCAUACUGAAAGCAUACCUCGACCGUAACUACACAACCUUGUACACCAACCAAUACCCAGUUUGGAUGGGAGGGUCGCGCAACGGCUUCGAGCUGGACAUGCGAAUACGGAUCCCGCCCAACCAGAUAGUGCACUACAGGCCGCAAGUGAUUGAGAUGUUGAAGGGUGGAUGGAUUCAGUGGUUGGCUACCUUCAUAGUUCUCUGGUACCUCCUCCAGUGGGCGGAGUGGUUUGUCUUCGUAUUCCGGCUUGUCGAAACGCGCGUUGUCUUGGAUACUCAACCUAAGCGGCAACGCUUCUGAAGCUUUUGCUUGCCCUUCGCCAGGCGCGAAGACGUCUAGACGGC